AUGAAGUUGGUUGAGUCAAAAGAUGCACGCUAUGUUACUUUUUCAAAAAGAAAAUUGAGCUUGUUUAAGAAAGCUCAUGAGUUUUCAACUUUGACGGGAGCAGAUGUUGGUGUUCUCCUCCUUUCACCUAGUGGAAAGCCAUACUCCUAUGGCUCCACUAGUAUAGAAACAAUAACUGAUAAAUUUCUUGCAUGGAAAUUAAACAAUUCCCAAGAUGUUGAUCAAGCUAAUAGGGGGAAAUCAAAUGUCUUUCAGGCAUUUGAUGAUCUCUGUGAAGAAUUAAAAUUCUUGAACGAGAACAAAAAAAGUCAAAAAAUGAGUCGUAAGAUUUUGCAUCCUGAUUCAGAAAUAUCACCUGAUAAACAAAGGUUGGAGCAGUUGGUAGCACUCAAGUUGCGAUUGGAAGAAAUCAAAAAAGAAGCAAAAGGUUAUAAAUUUGAUUUGAAUGUUGAUCCUGAACCAAAUGAGGGAGAGAGUUCUGAAACUCAUUGA